AAAGCAGGGAAGCUCGACUUCUGCCACGAAGACGAAAGCGCGCGCGCUCGAGAUCUCUCUGUCUCCUUCAUUUCCCUCGCUUCGGCGCUCUGCCCCCCCCGUUCUGCUUCUUUCAUCCGAGUCUCGGUCGAUUUCCUCCUCUUCUCGCUAUCGUUUUUUCUCUAUCUUCUCUCCCAAGCGAGAAACAAACGGUAUCAAGGAGUUCUCGCCGCCUGGGCGCGCGCUCUGCCUUUUUCAAUCUGCGUUUCUCUCGUCAGUCUCCUUCCCGAGAGACUCGGAGGGGAAGAGGCUCGAGCGGCUGCUUCUUCGCUCCUCUUUCUCCUUCUUCCCGUCUGUCUCCUGUCUCCUCCCCAGAACUCUCCCUUUCCUCUUCUUCUUUUCCUUUCUUCUUUUCUUCUUCUUCCUCUUCUUUUCUUCUUCUUUUCCUCUUUUUCUUCGUUUGUCGCCUUUUCGAGUUGAGUGAAGAGUUCUCCUCUGCGUCUGCAAGAUGAGGAAGCGCGUGGAUCCCCGCGUUCGGACGCUGGUGGAGAACUGCAUUCAGCUGGGGCAGCGUUCGUUCUUCGUGAUCAUCGGAGACAGAGGAUCGGAGCAGGUCGUCAACUUGCACUACCUCCUGCACCGUUACUUCCCGGCGCAGAAACCGAGCGUCUUGUGGUGCUACAAGAAGGAUUUGGGUUUCUCCUCUCAUCGUCGGAAACGCGCAAAGCAGGUCAAGAAGAAGAUCCAGCGUGGACUCUACGAUCCCAACAUCGACGACCCGUUUGAACUCUUCAUGUCGUCCACCAAUGUGCGCUUCUGCUACUACAAAGACUCCCAUACGGUCCUCGGGAUGACGACAGGAAUGUGUGUUCUCCAGGACUUCGAGGCCAUCACGCCCAACAUCCUUUGCCGGACGGUCGAGACCGUCCAGGGCGGAGGCAUCAUCUGUCUCCUCCUCAGGUCCUUCGCCUCGCUCCAGCAGCUCUACGACCUCAGCAUGGACAUCCACGGCAGGUUCAAGACCGAGCGCUUCAGCCAGGUCAAGCCGCGGUUCAACGAACGCUUCAUCCUCUCUCUGGCUCGAUGUCGGAACUGUCUGAUGGUUGACGAUGAGUUGAACGUUCUGCCACUCACGUCUUUCUCUCAGACCCUGCGUUCGCUGAAGCCGGGGAUGCAGAGCGAAGCAGCUGAAGGCGCCUCGGCAGGUCUGCCGCCAGGCCUGCCGCCAGACGCCGCCGAGGCUCUGGCUGAGAAGAAGAAGCGGACGGAAGAACUUGAGGCGCUGAAGCGCGACUUUCAGGAGACGCCUCCUGCGGGGCCUCUGGUCAACCUCUGUCUCUCUGUCGACCAGGCGAAGGCUGUGCUGGCCUUUGUCGAUUGCCUGGCUGCUCAGGCCAGCGGGAAGAAGGACGCCGCAAACUGCGCGGCGGCCGACACUCGUGGAAACGGACUCAGCGCUCUGACGCACUUGGGUCAAGUCGCCCACCAAACGUUCGCGCUCACGGCUGCGCGAGGUCGCGGCAAGAGUGCAGCGCUCGGCCUCGCUGUCGCUGCAGCAGUCGCCUACGACUACACCAACAUCUUUGUCUCUGCGCCGUCGCCGGAAAAUGUCAAAACUCUCUUCGAGUUUGUCGUCAAAGGACUCACGGCUCUCGGACUGAAAGAGCACCUUGACUUCAGUGUGAGUCGCGAAGACCCAGGCCUGGCGGCUGCGGCUCACGCGUCGCACAGCAGCGGUGUGUCUUCGUCGGAGAACAACAGCAGUCGUGGAGGCGCCAGUCGCCUCAUCACCGGAGUUGAGGUUCACAGAAGCCACAAACAAAAAGUGACGUUCGUCUCGCCACACGAACGAGAAGGUCUCGGACAUGCAGACUUGCUCGUCAUCGACGAAGCAGCUUCCAUUCCUCUCCCCAUUGUCAAGUCCCUGUUUGGUCCGUACGUCGUUCUUCUCUCGUCCACCAUCCACGGAUACGAGGGAACAGGGCGCGCACUCUCCCUCAAGUUGAUUCAAGACUUAAAGCAGAAUAAGUUGUCGUCGUUGAGCAACAAUCCCAAAGGCGGUUUCCUCGCCAGGACUCUGAAGCAACUGACGCUGACAACUCCCAUUCGUUACUCCGUGGGCGACGGCGUCGAAGCCUGGCUUCACGACCUUCUCUGUCUCGACGCCACUGAUCCGCCGAAGCUGUCGGAUGCUGCACUGCCGCCUGCGUCGAAGUGUGACCUGUACUUGGUCGACCGCGAUGCCCUCUUCUCGUUUCACGAGGCCUCUGAGGCUUUCCUCCACAAUCUCCUGUCACUCUUUGUCUCCUCUCACUACAAAAACAGUCCGAACGACUUGAUGCUGAUGGCCGACGCACCGGCGCAUCUCCUGUUUGCUCUUCUGCCGCCUGUUGACGAAAGAACAGCCACCGUCCCCGACAUCUACUGCGCAGUUCAGGUUUCCAUCGAGGGACAUUUGUCGAAACAAGCAAUUCAGCAGGCUCUGGGUCGAGGCCUGCGACCGUCUGGGGACCUCAUCCCGUGGACGUUGGCACAGCAGUUCGCCGACGAAGACUUCGGCGCUCUGACAGGAGCUCGCAUCGUCCGAAUCGCAUGUCACCCGUCGCUUCAGCGACUCGGCUACGGUACGGCCGCGAUGCAGCAACUGAUCGACUUCUUCGAGAUGAAAGGAGUUUCUCUGAAAACCGAAGGGAAGAACGCACUGUCGAACUCUCUCCUCUCUUCCUCGCAAGGCGGAGACGAAGAGGACGACGAAGACGAAGAGGACGACGAAGACGAAGAGGAUGAAGAGGACGGGGAAGGGGGCACUCCAGCGAAGGGUAAGAAGAAGGGUGACAAGCAGGCUGAGGAGGAACAGGUACGUGACGCGUCUUCUGCUGCCGCAUCGGCGUCGCAUGCCUCCUCUCCAGAGGCCGCAAAGGUUUGGACGAAAAAAGCCUUCAAACCGCGGCCGGCGCCGCCGCUUCUGUCGCCCUGUCGCUCGACGCGCCCAGACUUCAGCAUCGACUACUUCGGUGUUGCCUUUGGUCUCUCUUCGUCUCUCUUUCGCUUCUGGACGCGGAGGAACUUCGUCCCCGUCUACGUGCGUCAAACAGUGACAGACGUCACAGGCGAGUUCAGCUGCAUUCUCUUGCGCCCCGCGGAAGUCGAGGGUAGCCUGUGGCCGGGUGAAAGUGACAAGACCGGCGCGGCGGACGACCGGGGAGGCGACGAGGAUCUGCGGAGAAAGAAUCGGUGGCAGGGCAUCGAAACCGGCCGCGCUGCGAAUGAGCUCGUCGGCCGCCGCGGCGGGAUCUGGCUGUCGGCGUUUGCAAGCGAUUUCCGAGCUCGAUUUCUGCAACUUCUUGGAGGCGCGUUCCGACGACUUCCCGCGUCGCUCGCCCUCUGUCUCGUCACGUGCUCGUCCAAGCCACGAGACAAUUCUGAGGCUCCAGGCUCCAAAGAAACGUCGAUCUUUCCUCCUCUUUCUCUCGCAAAUCUGCCGAAUUUCUUCUCGAGCCACGACCUUUCGCGCCUGCGAAAAUACGCGCAGCAACUCGCAGACUUGCCGCUGAUUUUGGAUCUUCUGCCCACUCUCGCGGCUCUCUUCUUUAACGACAGAUUCCCCCCUCUUGCCGCCUCCUCAGUGACUCUAUCUCACCUCCAACAAGUCGUUCUCCUGGCCGUCGGCCUUCAACGGAAAACGCCCGACGACGUCUCGACGGAGUUCAACAUUCCUCCAAACCAGACCUUGGCACUCCUCAACAAGACAGUCCAUAAAUUUGUUGGUUUUUUCCAGAAAUUGCAAGAAGCGCAGGUCGAGGCAGAAGUCGACUCUCAGUGGGGCGUCCGCAGUGCCGCGUCGCGGCGGCUCGUCGUCGAAGGCGGCGGAGCUUUGCUCGGAGAACUGCCAUCGCAGAGUUUCACCGAAGAGCUUGCAGAUGAAGCCAAGAAAGUGAAGCGGCAACAGAAAGUCGAGUUGAAGAACCUGCUCGAGGCUCUCGGAGGCGAAGAAGCCAUGAAGGAACACUCGAUGGACGCCUACACCGAAGAAGACUUCAACGAGGCUGUCGGCGCCGCGAGGCCAGGUUCCCUUCAGGCCAGCACAGCUUCUCGGGUCUUCUCAUUGAAGCGUAAGAAUCCGAACAAAGGACAGAAGAACGGAGGGACAGGAGAAAAGACCGGCGACGGAGGCGAGAAGAAGAAACAGAAACGCGACUUUGGAUCCUUCAACAAAAACAAAAACAAGCACAAAGUCUACGCGAAUCGAUAAAAAACGUCGCCGGACGAGCAUAGCCGCGAAAACCAGUGCAGCGUUUGACAGCCGGAGGACCGAUGUCCGAAGCUUUGUGUGUGCGUGGAGUUCGGUUUCUCGAUUUUGCGACUUGGCGUGUCAUGUUUGUCAAAGCAAAUCCUCGAUAUCUCUUUUCUAUUCCACGGGUCCUCGUGGUCGCGCUUCUCUAACCUGCAAAUCCUAGCUACCUAGUGAGAACGAAACGUCUCUCUACCUAUAUGCAUAUGCAUACUUAUAUAAUCUAGGUACAUGUGCAUAGGGAGAUCGAAAGACUGAUAGAGAUGCCGACGUGGAGAGAGCUCGAUAGAUACAGGCCUACGCAGAAAUCGAUAGUAGAUAAGUCUGCAUAAGAGAGCGAUCGACCGACAGGAAAUCGUAGAAGGCUGCCGAUAGAUAGGUUUGCAUAUAGAGAUACAUUUGCGUGCGAAAGCAAAGAACCGCAACCGCCUUCUUCUACUGUCCCUUUUAAAAGGGAUUGCCUCUUCUCUCGCGUCUGACAUAGAGGCAGGAAUCACUCAAUACGCCUCUCAAAAGUUCGCUCUCUUUUCCUUGAAGAAGCGUCUUCGCUGUUUUCGGGAAUGCGCAAGAGACCGCUGUCGUAAACAUAAGGCUUUUCUUCUGAUAACGAAGAGAAGGCAAUCCGCUUCCACUCUCUCUCACUCGACCCUCAGCUGCCC